AUGGAUAUUCUCAAUGCAUUUCAUCGUUUACCUACAAUAAGUUAUUUUGGUAUUCGACGUGAUGAUGAUUUUGCUGAUCGACUGAAUUAUAAAUAUACUGUUGGUUUAUUAAUAUUUUUUUCAAUUCUUGUUGCUACUAAACAAUUUUCAAAUGAUCAAAUACAAUGUUGGGUACCAGCGAUAUUCACGCGAAAUUAUGAAAUAUAUGUAUCAAAUUAUUGUUGGAUACACAAUACAUAUCAUAUAAAUAUUAGUGAACCACAUCUACAACGAGCAAAUGAAAAACGUUAUGUAUUACGAUAUUAUCAAUUUGUUCCAUUUAUUUUAUUAUUACAAGCAUUAUUUUAUUUAUUACCACGUUUAUUUUGGCGUUCGAUGAGUCGUCAUUCAGGUAUUGAUGUAAAAAAUAUUGUCGAUGCCGCACAAAGUUUAAAAACAGUUAAACGUUUUCAUAAACAUAAAUCAAUUAUGGCUUAUCUUGUUUCAAUUAUACAUCAAUAUGCGGGUGAUCCAAGAAAACGACCAAAACAACAACAUAAUAGAAUAAGUACUUAUACACACGGUUUAAUAAAUUGCUUCUUUGGAAGUUCAAAUGUAUUCAAUGCUUAUCUAUUUCUUCUUUAUUUAUUAACAAAAAUGUUAUUUAUUGCAAAUACAAUUGGUCAAUUAUAUGCAAUAAGAUUUUUACUUGAAGAAAAAUGGACGAUUAAACAAACAUUAAAAGGUUUUCAAAAUAUAUUUACCGCUGAUGUAUUACGUACAAAUCCUUUAUCGAAAUAUUUUCCAAAAAUUAGUAUGUGUGAUUUCAGAAUUAUUGAACCGAAUAGUGAUGAAGGACAUAAAUAUACAGUUCAAUGUGUUUUAACUAUCAAUGUGUACAAUGAACAAAUCUUUACUGUUUUAUAUAUUUGGAUGAAUAUAGUUCUUGUUAUAACACUCUAUGAUUUUGUAUCUUGGGUAUUAUAUUUUAUUUUACCACGUCUUCGAUUUUCAUUUUUUUCUCAACGUAUUCAAAUUCAACAAAGUAUCACAACCGUACGUACUGGUAUGCGUGCAUUUGUUCAUGAUUAUUUACAACAAGAUGGAUUUUUUAUAUUACGUCUUAUACAUUCAAAUGUGGGUGAUGAUGUUACAUCAACUAUUUUAUCAAAUUUAUGGAAAAAUUUUCAACGUACUGAUAAACCAGCAUCAGGUGAUACUUCAAGCGCAAAUGCUGGUACAACUGUUUCAUUAACAGCAUCAGGAAAUAGAAUAGCAAGUAAUAAACACGAUGCACAAGGAGCAUCGAUAUUUGAUUAUUCGAAAACUAGUACUACAAAUCUUUGA